UUUGCAAGACAUAUCAAGAAAUCUGAAGGCCAGAAAAUUCCGAAAGUUGAGUUGCAAAUAUCAAUUUAUGGAGUAAAAAUUCUAGAACCCAAAACCAAGGAAGUCCAGCACAACUGCCAGCUUCACCGAAUAUCGUUCUGUGCCGACGACAAGACGGACAAGAGGAUCUUCACUUUCAUCUGCAAAGAUUCCGAGUCCAAUAAGCACCUAUGCUACGUCUUUGACAGCGAGAAGUGUGCGGAAGAGAUCACUUUAACCAUCGGCCAAGCGUUUAACCUGGCAUACCGGAAAUUCCUAGAAUCUGGAGGCAAGGAUGUGGAAACUAGAAAACAGAUCGCAGGGCUCCAGAAAAGAAUUCAAGACUUGGAAGCAGAAAACGUGGAGCUUAAAAACAAAGUACAAGAUCUGGAAAACCAGUUGCGAGUAACGCAGGUGUCAGCAUCCCCAGUAAGUACACAGAAUCAGGGCAUGUUUUCCCGGGAAGAGGAUUUCCUGGUGACAGGAUGUCUCUGGGUCAGCAGCUCGGCGAUGUUCCUAGUAACACUCUGUAGUCAGUAAUUUAAAGCUGCACGU